CAGAACCCUCCACCCACCGAUCCAUACCCUCUAGGCGCUCUCCCACUCUGCUUUUGUCUCGCAUAUCUGCUAAAGUCACCAAGUCAAAUAAUCAUAGCAGCCUAAUUUUAAUAGACUUGCUCUACCCAAACGAAGCUGAAAUAUCAUUAACCUCGCUCUCAACCAAACUCGUAACAAAUAUCCGUCCUUAAUAGCUUCGCCCUGCGUGUCUGCUCUGUCCAUGGACUUGUAUCUGAAUCAAUGGAGAGACCAGGAUGAGUCAGUGGCAGAGGAGCAACAUUCUGCAAAGAUGCCAAAACUUGUGCUCCAACCUCAUCAAAAGCCACAAUCAUCUGCCUCUGCUCUCCCUCUGUUUGUACCCGAACCCACCACCAAAGUCAGCACCUUGUCAGCAUUACCUGAUUCAACCUCAGCUUCUACUAGAGUUCACUGGAUGGGGAGUUAUUUCAGCUUGGCUCAGUGGCAGGAGCUUGAGUUGCAGGCUUUGAUUUUCAGGUACAUGUUGGCCGGCGCUGCUGUGCCUCCUGAGCUUCUUCACCCAAUCAAGAAAAGCCUUCUUCAAUCCCCUUCCUUUUUCCUCCAGCACUAUCCGCAUUAUGACUCAGCUUCGAUUGGUUUUGAAUGGCAAAGCUACAUAAUAAGGAUGCUUGUUGCAGUAGCAUUGCAAUCGGGUUAUUGGGGAAGGGCAGCCAUGGAUCCAGAGCCUGGUCGGUGCCGGAGGACAGACGGCAAAAAGUGGCGGUGCUCGAGGGACGUGGUUGCUGGCCAGAAGUAUUGCGAGCGCCACAUGCAUCGCGGUCGAAACCGUUCAAGAAAGGCUGUGGAACUACCCACACCAAAGGCUCCCGGUGGCGGUGGCUCUGGCAGCGGCGGAGCCUCUGUCGGUGCUCCAAUACCCAUGACUGCGCCGUCAUUGGCAACGGCUUCACUGACUUCCCCGUUCGUUCUUCAUCUUGAUCAAAGGUAACAUCGCUGUCUUCGGGCUUAAACGACUAGUAAUUGGUGAAGCUAGCAGCCAAAUGUCUUGGAUUUUACAACCUAUGUAAUGAUUAUGUGAAAUUAUGCAAUCAGUGAAUGAGCUCUGCUUGGGAAAAGCAUUCUAAGUUCCAAUUUGGUGGGACAUCUUUCUUUUGUUUUGUAAGAUUUGUUAUUUCACUUGUCAGCCUUACUUUGAAUAUCCCUUCAUUGGUAUCAUUCGAAAGGCAAGUAUAAAUUUGACUGAUUCCCAUUGAAUAAUCCAAAUAGGGGCAAAAAAAAAAAAUUUAAAGUUCUUGUCAUCUUUAUCCCUCAGAUGCGCAACAGUAGGGCCCUAAUAGAGGCCUGCCUGGCCAUCAUGUCUCGUACGAGGGAAAAGAAAAUUUCGGCUUCAGAUACUGAAGAAACGAUCCCCCAAUCCCCCUAUAAACAACAUAGAAAAAGUGUGCUUGUCUUGUGUUGUCCUGCAAUUAUUCGUCCACUUCAUGAAACUCCAUCUCCCUGGUUGCUAUUUUGCUGGGUCCUCUAGUUCCUUUGGGACCAAUAACGAAAACAGGAGCCCGUUUGGAAUCCAAGAUAAUGGGGGUGGUGGGGAUGGCUGAUCUGAUGGUCAUAUCCUGCGACGUUUUCGCGAUGAUUGGCCAACAUCGCUUUAAAAUGUGACAUUGCCGAAGGCAAUGCUAAUAAUAAACCCAGCAAAGCCAGCCACGCAACUCGGUAACAGAUAUGCCUGUGUCAACGCCGGGGAAUACUUCGCCAGAUAUGUGUUUGAAAUUAUCCACUGGCUAUGGAGAAAAUCUGUGUUCGAGAAAUGGAGAUGUGGGAAGAGAGCAGCAACGGAUAAACUGGGCAGAAGGAUUGAGUUCGGCUAAUAAAGUGAUUUCCAAGGGAGGACCACUUUCUGAGGCCUAGAGAUCAACUACUUCAACCUCUUCAACUAGUGUUCUGCGUCAGUUGCCUCGCGGUUCUGCUUGUGAGAACAGCUUCAUCGGCACCUAGAUUAAGCGCGCUAUUGUUCUGGAUUCAUGGCUUCCCAUUGGAGCAUUUUGUCAAGGACAUGUCUGUAACAUCCGAAUGAACUUGGUCACAGUUUUGAAGAGGCCAGGAAAAUGGAUAUCAAGAAAUUCUCCUGCAAUACUUUUGAUACGGCGAUCCCAACUUUUAUGUCAAGAGUUGAUGAACUGUUUAUUAAUAUUUAAUGCCAAGCUUUUAGUUUUACAAAUAUCAAAGUUGUGUCUCUUGUGAGCUGAGAGAUUCUUGGGUUGGGGGUAGGCCUGUACAGGAUGCACAUAAACUCGAGAUGUCUGGCCCGACCCGAGUAAAAUAUGUCCAACCCGAGCUUUAAAAAAAUUGCCCAAUAUUGUUUGGGCAUGGUCGAGUUGAGCCUGAUCUUUGAGUUGGGCAGGGUUUAGG